AUGCUGCCUGCAACUUUUAAACUGUGUGCUGGCAUCUCCUAUCGGCACAUGAGGAACAUGACAGGUUUGAGAAAAAAUGCCAUGGUGGCCAUUCAUCAUGAGCUGAACAAACUGGCAGGUCCCGGAGCGUGUAGCUGGAUCAGCCAAGUCCAACGUCGAAGCUCCCUCCACAGUUCUCGUAUCGAGGAGGCGGAGAGGGGGUACAGUGAGGAAGAGAUGUCUUAUGUGAAGCAGGGCGAGGAUGCACUGAAGAAAGCCAUCAGCAUCCUCAGUGAUAUGGAUGGGUGGACUGUCGAGACUGUCGCUGCCAACGGAGACAAGGUUCUGAGUAAAGUGUUGCCCGACAUCGGGAAGGUGUUUAAACUGGACGUUGUUCUGGAGCAACAUCCUGACAACCUUUAUGUAGAGCUGGUGGACAACAUGGAGCAAAUGGGAGAGUGGAACCCUAACGUCAAAGAGGUCAAAAUCCUUCAAAAGAUCGGCCAGGACACCAUGAUAACCCACGAGGUGUCUGCAGAGACGUCUGGUAACGUGGUCGGGCCGAGGGACUUUGUGAGCGUGCGCUGUGCCAAACGUCGGGGCUCCACCUGCUUCCUGGCUGGGAUGUCCACUAAACACGCUCAAAUGCCCGAACAGAAGGGGCUGAUCAGGGCAGAGAACGGGCCAACCUGCAUAGUGAUGAAGCCUUGUGCUGAAGACCCAAAUAAGACCAAGUUCACCUGGUUGCUGAGCAUAGAUCUAAAGGGCUGGAUCCCAAAGACGAUCAUAAACAGAAUGCUCUCUCAGACACAGGUGGAGUUUGCCAGCCACCUCAGACACAGAAUGACUAAUGACGUUUCCAUGGCGAUGGCUCACGCCUGCUGA